AGUGGCGGGAUUUCCGGGCGGACCCUGAAUGCAGCAGCAGCGUGUUUUCGGAGCUGGGCGUGGGGGCUCGCGCUCUGCUGAUUGUGGAGGCUCGGUGUUCGGCGUGCGGGGCAGCGCUGCUCUGGCGGGAAAACAGGGACGCGGGACCGACGGGCCGUUUCUUCGAGCGGGAAACACCGUCGUUGUCGGAAGUCCCCGUUGGAGGCGGACCUUAGGAGGAGCCUGAACCGUGGAGUGAUGGCCCCCUCCGGUCCUAAGAUGGAGCGGACCAUGCGUGUUCCUGUGGUCAGCUGGUUUGAUCAACAUUAAAGCGGUGAGCAGCAGACAUGACGGAGUACAAGCUGGUGGUGGUUGGAGCCGGAGGUGUGGGGAAGAGCGCGCUCACCAUCCAGCUCAUCCAGAACCACUUUGUUGACGAAUACGACCCCACUAUAGAGGACUCCUACCGGAAGCAGGUGGUGAUCGACGGCGAGACGUGUCUGCUGGACAUCCUGGACACUGCAGGUCAGGAGGAGUACAGCGCCAUGCGGGACCAGUACAUGCGGACGGGGGAGGGCUUCCUCUGCGUCUUUGCCAUCAACAACACCAAGUCUUUUGAGGACAUCCACCAGUACAGGGAGCAGAUCAAGCGGGUGAAGGACUCUGACGACGUCCCCAUGGUGCUGGUGGGGAACAAGUGUGACCUUCCGGUGCGCACGGUAGAAACCCGGCAAGCCCAGGAAUUGGCCCGGUCCUACGGUAUCCCUUACAUCGAGACCUCUGCUAAAACCCGGCAGGGGGUGGAAGAUGCUUUCUACACUCUGGUCAGGGAGAUCCGGCAACAUAAGCUACGGAAGCUGAACCCCCCCGAUGACAGCGGUCAGGACUGCAUGAGCUGUCGCUGCGUGGUCUCCUGAUCCAGGUGAGCGUCUGCGGCCAACGUUCCCUUCUCAUCCAGAACCCACGGCUGCAUUUUCCCGUGUUUGGAGCUCCGGAGGCUGCAGCGCUGGGAAAACUGGACUCAGCAGAAGAACGUCAGACGCCACAGACUCUGGAGGACGGGGGCUUUGUGCUCCACCGCUCUCCCCUUACCCCCCACCUGUCAGUUCUUGUAACCAACAUCCCUAAAGGCUCCGCCUCCACGUUUCUGCUAACUUAUUGUUUACAGUCUCAACACUGUUUAUUGCAAGUUCUUGCUGGAAGUCGGACGGGGGUCCUCCUGAAUCCACCGAGUUUUCUUCAAUGAAUGUAGACGUGGAGACGGAGGGCAGCGGCCCACCUGUGAAAGACAGAAACUGUUUCAUUUAUCUGCAGAGGGUUGAUCCGAAAGCCGGUGAGGAAGGAGGCGUGGCUCCACCGCGCCGCCUCCACCAUGAAAAGCCGGGAUGCAGCCGCUGCUGCAGCUUCAUGUUGCCUUCACGCAGCAGCUGUGGAAUCACUGUGGAUGCAGCUUCUGGGACAGAAAAGGUUGGGAAUCAAACGUCCGUCAUGACCCCCGGGUUCGCUCUUCUUCCCAUGUGCUCCCCGCCUUCGUUCGCUAAGACUCAGGAAUCUGGGAUCUGAACCCGGCUGUCUCAGGGUUCUUCUUCUUUGGUUCCUUUGUGCUCCACAGAAUGAUGGAGUUGCUGCCUGUUACAGACCCCGCCCCAUUUAGCCUUUAACGUGUCUUGGCCUGCAGUAAGCUCCGCCCACAUGAUUGUUAUGUAAACUGGCUUCAGUACUGUGCUGCACAGGACCAGAGGGCUGCUGCAUGGGCUGGAUGAGAGUCCACAGAAGAUCUGAAGACGGGUCAAAGUCUGCUCAGUACCGUCUGAUGGAUUUCUCCAGGUCGGACCUUCCUGUGACCUCAGACUGAACGGGUGGUUUGUGACGGCUGCACCGGGCCACUGACCCAUCAGCGGACAGGAACUGAAUGUUUUGGAAAUGUGUUCUUUUUUUGAUUUCACUCUGGUGUUCAGAGGUUUUUUUCUGGAGGUUGAACAUAUGUGCUGUGUUUGUGGCCCCCGCAUGAAUACUUGAACUCUCCACACUCAAACCCCUCUGUGUUGCAGAAGCAUCAGCUUUGGGGUCUCAUGCUGGGGUGUGAAGGCCUCAGGCUGAGCAGAGCUAAAGGUACUUGAUGCUUUCUCUUGUAAUAACCCUUUGAUGUGGCCGGACAGGAAUAAAGAUGUCAUGAAGAAAAA